GUAAGGAUGACGUCAAGUGUCCGGGGAAUGCGGCUUUGUAACCACAUUUAUUUAACUACGCCUUCUCCGUUCUCGUCUCCUGGUAGUGGGCAUUACACAGGAAGAGACUCGUGUAGGAAAAAACGAUGGGACGCCCUUCGCCUCUUUACUCCUCCUCCCUCCGUGUGGCGGAUAACGGGCCAGAAGUUAUUCGGAUUCGAGGCAGACAAUAGCCCCGGUACCAGGACUGCGUGUGGCGUCAUUUCAACUUAUUGAAUGGUGUGCCGCAAACGGAGGGAGUGAUAACGCACACAAUGGAGGAUUUGGGGGAGCCUGAACCUAACUACCCUCUCAGUCCUCGUAUAGUUGUGUUUGAUGCCCUUCUUGCUGAUUUGGAGAACACCAGCUCCCCUCUUGCGCGUUGUCCAGUCCUGUUGACGUCUGAACCUCCACUGAAUGCUGAUCCCACAUCCCAGGACACUGCCCAGACGGUUUCUGCUGCAAUGAAAUCCUCACAAAAUUCAAACCCAGAUAAACUCUACAGCACAGUGAACAAACCCCGCUCCCCUCGUGCUGCGGACCCCCCUCCGGCCUUCUCCUCCUCAUCGCUGUUGGGAGGAGGCCUGAGUGAGCUGGAUCAUCUGCUGCAGGAGCUAAAUGCCACACAGUUCAAUAUCACUGAUGAGAUCCUGGCCCAGUUCCCGUCUCCUAAGAAAGAUGAUAAACCUAAAGACAGGACCAUCAGCUCUGCGAAGCCCUCAGCAACAUCAGCAACACUUGAACUCGACAAACUUAUGGCCUCUCUGUCAGACUUCAGAGUCCAGAGCACACCUGUUGCUCCAGUCACCCCAGUAACUGCACCAUCUCCUCCACCCGCCUCUGCCGCCCCACCUCAGGCGUCGUCAGAGGGGUCCUUGGACAGCAUGCUUGGCCUCCUCCAGUCAGACCUCACCAGACAAGGAGUUCAGACCUCCUCCAAAGGGAUAUGCACAGCCUGCCAGAAACCAGUUGUGGGACAAGUAGUGACAGCGCUGGGGAAAGUGUGGCACCCAGAGCACUUUGUUUGCACUGAAUGUGAGACUGAAUUGGGCAGCCGCAAUUUUUUUGAGAAGGACGGUCGGCCAUAUUGCGAGUCAGACUAUUUCACCCUCUUCUCCCCUCAUUGUGCACAGUGCAACAAGCCUAUUUUAAAUAAAAUGGUCACUGCCCUGGAUAAGAACUGGCAUCCAGACUGUUUCUGCUGUGUCAAGUGCAGUCGUGCAUUUGGAGAGGAAGGUUUCCAUGACCGUGAGGGCCAGCAGUACUGCCAGCAGUGCUUUCUGACUCUGUUUGCGUCACGCUGUCAAGGCUGCAGCCAACCCAUCCUGGAAAACUACAUCUCAGCCCUCAACUCCCUCUGGCACCCGCAGUGUUUUGUUUGUAGAGAGUGUUACAGCCCCUUUGUGAAUGGGAGCUUUUUUGAACAUGAUGGGAAACCUCUCUGUGAAGCCCAUUAUCACCAGUCGCGUGGGAGUAUGUGCCAGGCCUGUCAGCAGCCCAUCCUGGGUCGCUGUGUCACUGCGAUGGGGGCUAAGUUUCACCCCCAUCACCUCGUCUGCCACUUCUGCCUAAAACCUCUGAGUAAAGGCUGCUUCAAGGAGCAGGAGAGCAAACCUUACUGCCAUCCCUGCUUCAUCAAACUCUUCGGAUGAAGUUAUGUGUCUGAAUAUAAAUUGCCUAUUAAUAUAUGAGUAAAGGACUGCAAGUGUUAAAAGAAAUCCCUAACAUGAUGCCAAAAAAACCCCUUAAGCUUAAAAUAAUUUCAUUUGAACCAAAUAAUUUGCCCUUUUUAAAUAUAUGCGCUUUAUUUUGCAAAAAUGUAUUCUGUCACUGCAUUUGCUUUUGUACAUUGUAAUAUUGGUGUAUGUUUUAUAUGUUAGACCAAAUUAUGUCAGAUAUUUUAUUCUUUUACCAUUGUGCAAAUUUACCAAAAAUAAUGCCAAAGAAAUAAUAAAAGAAAGACAAACA